AUGUCGCGACCUACUUUUCUAACGCUUCCGGGUGGUGCUCGUAUUGCUUAUGAGCUUUUGGGCUCUGAAUGGAUAGGACACUCAAAUCCAAUCAUUUUCAUUGGUGGUGUAGGUUCUACAAGGGGAGACUGGCAGCGACUGGCUCAACCGCUAUCUCUGAGGCGCCCAGUUGUGAUCUAUGACCAUAGAGGUGUUGGAGAUUCGUCGUAUUCAACAGCCGCCAAAGAUGAUGAGAUCACCAUUGAGCUUAUGGCUCGCGAUUUGCUCUUCCUCCUCCAAUUUCUGAAGUUCUCAGAGCUGGCGCUCUGUGGAUUUUCAAUGGGAGGGACUGUCACGCAGCAGCUCCUGCUUCUCCCAUAUCUUCCCUCUGAUCCAGUUGCAUUGCCAUUCAGGGUUACCCAUGUCUUUCUAACUGGCACUUUUCAUGUCAUGUGGGAAGAGAAGGGGUAUGGAAUCCGGAUAGAUAGGACACCCAUAACAAAACCUUUGACAGAGGAACAGAAGAAAGCUCGCGCGAGGCCUAAUCUUGAAAAAAGCUUUGAUCCAGAAUGGAUUUCCGAUCCUGCGAACCAGAGUAGGUUUAACUGGUGGCUGGAUCGACAACUCAUUGGAAGACCUCUUCGCACUAUCAUAAAGCAAAGUCGGGCAGUUUCUCGCAUGAAACUUUCUGAAUAUGGACAGAUACCCAAAAACACGUCAUUCCUAGUGAUACACGGAGAAAAAGAUGCCAUAGUACCCUUUUCUAGCGGCACUAAUCUCCGACAGGUUAUUCCUCAAGUCUCAUUCAUCCAAACAGGCCCUCAACCAGGCCAGGUCCCUAAUCUCGCUUUUGGGCAUCAUUGGUGGGAGUAUUUUGACAUAGAAGUAUGGGUCAAGGUUUUUGAAACAUUUCUAUCUUCGAGGGAGAAUCAGCGAAAUGGAAAACUGUAA